UCUCAGUAUAUGAAAAUGGGGGAAAGCCUCUGGGAAAAAACUUCUCCUGGAAAAUGUUUUCCGUUUGUCCGAAACCUAAUUAAAAUGUGUUUUCUAUUUUCAGUUUUUCCCUCCGACAACUGAACGGAAAAAUACCUGUUCUCUGGUAAUAAACAGAGGAACAAGAAGUGCAACUUCUUCUCCUACGAGCUCUCAUGGAGAAAUCCUCUCUUGCCAUGGGAGCUUCAGCUCUCGCCCUUUCUCCCCCAAUUGCCGUCCCCAACUCCAAGGCGCUCCUCAAAUCUCGGCCUCGCAGCUCCUCUUGUAUGAGCUUCAAGCCCUCUGAAACCCCUGCAGUCGAGCACUCCUCCUUUGCGUUAUCAUCCAGCAAUGGCGCCCGAUUUCCCGGAGUUCCAUUGAUUAGGCCCGAUCAGGACCUUGAUUCGAGAAGAAGGAAUUACUCAUGUCAAUUGUCUUCCUCCUCAACUUCGCACUUUGAAACUCCCCUGUUAUUCCCCCCUGGAUCUACAAAGCACUGGCUUAUACGUUUGGACAAGCCUGGGGUUGGGGUUGUCACUAAGGCCCAAAUGGUCGACUACUACACUCAGAUACUGACCAAAGUUCUCGGGAAUGAGAAGGAUGCACAGAUGUGCAUAUAUCAUGUUUCGUGGCAGUCCAACUUCGGUUUUUGCUGUGAACUUGAUGACGAAUGUGCAAGAGAACUUGCUGAAGUUCCCGGUGUUUUAUCUGUUCAGCCCGAUGAAAAUUUUGGUUCUGAUAAUAAGGAUUAUGGAGGCAAUUAUGUACAGAAUUCUUUGCCAGAUUCUCGCAAGGUGAGUCCAACAACCCCGAUAAAGACGAAGAAACUCUUCAUAACUGGCCUCUCCUUUUAUACGUCUGAGAAGACCUUACGUGCUGCAUUUGAAGGCUUUGGCGAACUUGUUGAAGUGAAAAUCAUAAUGGACAAGAUAUCCAAAAGGUCCAAAGGUUAUGCAUUCGUGGAGUACACAACGGAGGAGGCUGCUAGCGCAGCGCUGAAAGAGAUGAAUGGCAAGAUCAUUAACGGUUGGAUGAUUGUCGUGGAUGUAGCCAAGAGCACGCCACCGAGAUACAACAGAGACCGCUCGAGACGUUAGAGUAAUUGGAAAGAGGCCGGCCUAGAGUGAGACUCAGACAUCUUCUUAUCAGUGAGGUCCGUGUUGACAUAGCGAGAUCUGGUCACUCUUGUGGAUCAUCUUCACUCGUUCACUAGUUGAAUAGACCUGCUUUGUUCCGGAAACUGGGAGAAGUUUUGCAUUUUUCUUGUUUCCGAAAAUAUGACGCGUAACGUGUUGGGUUGCACUCGACAGUAUAUAAAUGACUUGUGAAGUGCAGCCCAAUACAUACUUUCCCUUUUCUCUUCAUUUUUCUAGAUGAGGAAAACCUGAAAUAGGGGAAUCCGAUUUCUAGAACCAAGAAGCAAAGAUGUGGGCAGAGGUGGGCAGGAGGUGGUUGAACUUCCUCGUGUAUGCUCUGCUUCCCCUAGUCCAGGGUAACAGCUUGAUCACCUAACAUCUUAAAUGUUGAUGUUAUGCAAAGGAGUAUGUUCAUGAAUCUAAUUCAAUUAUAUACAGCCCAUUUGAUUCGAAUGGACUUGGUUUGAUUUA